AUCUACACCACAGCCACAAACAACGAAUCCGAAGGAACGGUCUUGGUGGAACAGAGGGAUAACAAAUGUCUCCCAAUCUCCGGCCUCACAGAUCUACCCCUGCCCCCCAUGCCCCAGUGGAUAUUAAGGCAGGGGAUGCAAUUAUAGAGAAGUUCUUGAAGAGAGGCGGAUUGCCUGACAACAAAGCCAAUCGAAGUGCUGUGGAAGCUAUAGCUGUUAUGGGUAAGUUACGUUUUGUGCUCAUUGUGUGGGGCUGUGGCUAAAGUUGUAUUCCUAGCCGGUAUAUGGGAUGAGGAAUUCGGGGAACAAUAUGGUUCUCGAAACAGGAAGCCCUCCCUGCAGGAUGAGAGUGAGAAUGAAUUUUUCAAUGGGGAUGAGAGUGAUGUGUCUGAGUACGGGGGGAAAAAAACUGCAGGUAUGAUAUGUUCACAACUGAGGGCCUAUUGAGAUCGAUCGUUUCGUUCUGUUUCCUGUACAAAUACUGUUAUGGCCUGUUUCGUUGCGAUGGUUCCGUUCCGUUGCCCCAUACAAAUGACAGUUUCCCUUCCGUUUCAAAAGAGGACAACAGAAUGGCUGUUUGGCAAAUGUGAAAGGCAUCAACCGUUCAGUUUCAAAACAGCCAUAACAGCAAGGUCGCCAUGUGGUAGCAUCAUAUGUUUCUGGGAACUUGAUUGUGCCAAAUUCGCAAUACCAACUGCUUCUACAGGUCAAACCAUUCCACAAAGAAACUCCCCUGAAUGGAACCAUCGCAACAAAACUGGCCCUUACCCUUCAGUUGCAUAGCGGUUGUUUUGUAUAGGAAAACGGAACGGAACGGUCGUAUUAACAAGGCCCUCGGCAUUUUGUGGACCAGGGCUUACUUUCUAUGUUAGGGAAACGUCGCCGCCGAGCUCCUCCUGCAGGAUCUAGUGUGACCGAGGAAUCUACGGAAGAGGGAGACUUUCCGGAAACACCCCCGGCGAAUCCGACUUCCUCACAAAAAAUGUCGUCUGGUAACCCCCGUAUUCAAAAAAAUGCUCCGGCCGAGUCUUCCAGCCCCGUCAGUAGCCGCACCAGGAAUGGGACGGACAAGACCACCGCAACUACUGCCAGAAAAACGUCUGCCUUAGGGAAGACAUCCACACAGAAUCAAAUGGCCGGUCGUAUCAACAAUUAUGGCUCCGAGCUUGGAUACUAUGGCAAGGAGGACAGUGAUAAGGACUACGGGCCAGGCGCGGUUUCGAAGAGGCAUGGAAAUUUGGGAAAAAAACGUGCGAAAAAAACCAAAAAGGGUCAUCUCAGGUCUGCUAAGAAGAAGAAGGUGGGCGAGUCUUCAAGGGAGGAUACCAGUGGGAAGCAAUUUGGGCAACGGAGUCACAGGAUGAUUACUAGAUCUUCGACUACCAGUGGAGCCUUGGUCGAACAUGGUAAUGGGGGAGAGGAGGGGGGCAACGAUUUGUUUGAGAGUGAGAUUAACACCAUGCUCCUUCAAUAUCAAUAUUGGAAAAGAGUACCACUAAUCUUUUUCUAUUUAUUUAAGAAGCGCCUGUCCAGAAAACUCCUCACAAGGGUCCGAUAACUAGAGCGGCACGCAGAAAUGUCAAUAAUGUGGUAGGAACAAUCGCAGAUGGUGGCUCUGGUGUCCAAGCUCGUAGACUCUUCAGAAAACCUUGUGUCAGUCUCCCUAGUGGCUAUGGGGUGGUUGCUACGCCCGCAUCGCAACUUGAAGGUAAGGGUUGUUCGCAGCAAUUUUCUUUUGUUCACCCUUGUGAAGAAGUUAUUACUGAUGAUAUACAUUGGUAAAGGGCCGGCUAAGAUGGCUUUUCAGGAGGACCAGCAGAGUAGGGAGGACUCCGGUAAUAUUGCGGGAGUGACCGAGGCAAACACAAGUAUGGCUUUUCAGGAGCACCAGGAGAGUAGGGAGGAAUCCGGUAAUAUUGCCGAAGUGACAGAGGCAAACACAAGUGGUAGUGCACAGACUGGAACGGUUUCUAUGGCAGUUGUGGCAGAAGACGCUGUCAGUGAUAGACCGGCAGAUGAAGCAACACCGCAGCCCGGGGGCCCGAGUCAAGCCUCUCAGCAGUAUGCUCCCCGUCUUGUCCGUCAAUCAUUCCGUUUCUUCCUGGACCCUGAGGAAGAGGAGAGUGAGGCUGGUAAGUUGAUAUAUUCCAAACUAUGAAAUAGAUAUUAUUUACUGUUAUGUGACAAAAAUAACUUGAACCAAACCUGACCUCGUGGUGGGGAAAUACUUUGCUUAUUACACUUAUGUGACAAAGCAGUUUCCUCUUAUUGCUGGGUAGUGUUCAGUUAUUUUUGUCACAUAAUAAUACUUUGAGUCUUUCACUAAUAUAUUUUCUACCAGAGAGUCAACUUUUUGCUGCCUUGCAUGCACGUUUCGGCAGAUUCUGAUUUAGAACUUAUAGUAAGUUUUGUCUCUUCAACAGGAUUUAGUCUAUAGCUAACAAACUCUAGCUGAGUAACCUGUCACCCAUAUGAGUUUUUUUUUCUUCUUUUUCCCUAAUUACUCUAUAGCUGUAAUUAGAAAUAAAAAAUUCUGCUGUGAUAGAAUAGUAUUUUCUACCCUAUGAGACAUGUCAAUAAAUCAGAAGGCAUACGGAGAAAGCCUGAGUGUUUUUCUGUUCCUGUAACAUUUGUUCCUACUUUUUUGUUUUAUUCUGAAGUAGUAUGCGGUGUAAUGUUCUGGGUGUAAUGUUCUGUAUACAGAGAAUGUAGGCAAUGUUCCCAAGUGCCCAGUCCAUCUAUCCUUAGCUUGGGACAGGACGGAUACCUGUCCUGUGGUCCGUCCUAACCUCUAUCGUGACCUGGGAUGGCCGGCCGGCCGGGCCCUAUAGGUGUCUCGACUGCAUCAUCUAUUCCCAAUAUAGUAAGUCUGUGGUCACUACAAAACCAAAGCUCUAUAUCUAGAUAGCAGCAAUCUGAUACCCCCCUCCUGGCC